UGUGUUGGGAGAAUAAUAAUGAACAACAACCGGAAGCUUUUCAUGAUGAUUUUUCAACUUCAUGUGUUUUUUAAUAAAUCCAAUAUUAAAUUCUUCUUUAACUUCAACUCCUCAAUUAAUUCCAGCAAAAAUUCUUUCAAUAAAAAAUAAAAAAUUAAUAACAAAAAUUGUUGCAACUUUACCUAAAUUAGGCAAGAAAUUUCAACAUUUAAAGAGAGUUUGGAAUAAUCAAAUUUUAAUUUGUGUUAAUGAAGAGGAAGGAGAAGAUGAAGAAAAAUUGCUUUUGAUUACUAUUAAACAAUUAUUAGAAGAAGAAGAAAUUAAGAUAUCUCAACAAUUUGUUCCAAGAAAUGCUCCACUAACCCAAAUUCAAUGUGAACUUUCAAAAAAGUAUUGGCCAGUCUCUUUUCAUAAAAAUUCAAUUUUGGAAGCAAAAUUAAAUGAACAAUAUUUUUCAGCAAAAGAAAUUGAAAUUUAUGGCAAUUUAUUUUUUAAAGUUGAAUUGACGCAAGGUUAA